GAAAGCCCCUGUAGGAAGGAUAUGGACAGACCUCGGAAAGAUCUCCCGCCCAAGCAGGAGGGAGUGGGCAAGGGACCAUCACUCCAAAUCCAGGACCGGAUGGGUAUUUCUUACUGCGGCUCUUUUCCCCCACUUGUCCCUCCCCAGCUUCCCUGCCCACCCUGUGCGCACACAUGAGGCAGGGAGCUAUCUGAACCAAUCUUUUGAGAUCCCCUCCCCACUCCCCCAAAAAUAACCUGGCCACGACCAACUCCUUUUGCGGGAGAGGUUUUUUCUUUAAUUUCUCAAACUGUAUAUGGCCCAUAAACAACUUGUAACUCAAAAUAAAUCAGUCCCCUUGAGCCUUUCUCCUUUUAUUCUGGGGCAGGAACGCUCCCAAAUCGGGGAAGCAGACAUGAACAACCUCUCGCCAGCCUUUCACCAAUACUUCCUUCCGGGCGCCCCAAGAAGAGGGCAGGGGAAGGAGCGGCGGGUGGAGGGGAUAUGGCAAGGAGGGGGGAAAUUGGGGGCGGGGCUCAGGGUGGGGGGGGAAGGGCUGGAGAAGUCCAGCCCGGGACAGUGACAUAGGAAGUCAGGAGGCGAUGGCGCCAUCUACAGCUCCCCCUGCAUUUCCAAGUGGUUUGACCCGCAUGGUUCCUUACCGGCCGCGCAUUCUCCCAAGGAGCUUCCUGUGCCAAGUGACUGGAUGACCAGUUUAUGAAAGGAAGGAAUGGGGGAGUUGGUGACCUUCAAGGAUGUGGCCGUGGACUUCACCCCUGAGGAGUGGGGUCUAUUGAACCCGGAUCAGAAAGAACUGCACAAGGUGGUCAUGCUGGAGAAUGCCGAGAACUUGCUCUCCCUGGGACUUCCAGUUCCCAGAGAAGAUUUCAUUUCUCAUGUGGAGAAAGGAGGCUUGAGGAACUCCUGUCCUGAUGCAGAGACACAGUUUGACAUGAAAGAGAUGAGCACAAAUCUGAAAAUGAUCUCAUGGAAAGAGCUUUUUCAAUAUCGUGAAUGUAGGGCUGUUCUUGGUGAUCACAAAAGAAACCACACUAGAGAAGAACAUUGUGAAUGGAAUAGACACAAAAAAGCUUUAAAAAAGAGUUCCAGUGUUCCUAAAGAUAAACAUAUACACAUUGAAGAGAAAACACCUGAGUGUCACGACUGUGAUAAAACUUUUCUUGUACUCUCUUCCCUUGCCAAGCACCAGAGAAUCCAUGGUGGAGAGAAACCUUAUGAAUGUAAGAAACAUGGAAAGACUUUGAGAGAGCGAUCUCCUCCUGCUAAACAUGAAAGAAUUCACACAGCAAAACAAUCUUAUAUAUGUAAUCAAUGUGGAAAAGAUUUCCAAUAUUAUUCCAAAUUGGCUCAACAUCAGAGAAUCCACACUGGAGUCAAGCCUUAUGAAUGUAAGCAAUGUGGAAAGGCUUUCACAAAGCGCUACUAUCUUGAUGCACACCAGAGAAUCCACACUGGAGAGAAGCCUUAUGAAUGUAAUGAAUGUGGAAAGGCUUUCAUUCAGAGCUCCAGUCUUCUUGAACAUCAGAGAAUCCACACUGGAGAGAAACCUUAUGAAUGUAAUGAAUGUGGAAAGACUUUCAUACGGAGUUACAGUCUUCUUGAACAUCAGAGAAUCCACACUGGAGAGAAGCCUUAUGAAUGUAAUGAAUGUGGAAAGACUUUCAUACGGAGUUACAGUCUUCUUGAACAUCAGAGAAUCCACACUGGAGAGAAGCCUUAUGAAUGUAAUGAUUGUGGAAAGACUUUCAAAUGUCACUCCAAUCUUGCUAGCCAUCAGAGAAUGCACUCUGGACAGAAGCCUUAUGAAUGUAAUGAAUGUGGAAAGACUUUCACACAUUGCUCCAGUCUUGCUAAACAUCAGAGAAUCCACACUGGAGAGAAGCCUUAUAAAUGUAAUGAAUGUGGAAAGGCUUUCACACAUUGCUCCAGUCUUGCUAAACAUCAGAGAAUCCACACUGGAGAGAAGCCUUAUAAAUGUAAUGAAUGUGAAAAGGCUUUCACAUAUCGCUCCUACCUUGAUGCACAUCAGAGAAUCCACACUGGAGAGAAGCCAUAUGAAUGUAAUGAAUGUAGAAAGACUUUCAUAUAUCGCUCCCAUCUUGCUGUCCAUCAGAGAAUCCACACUGGAGAGAAGCCUUAUGAAUGUAAUGAAUGUGGAAAGACUUUCACAUAUCGUUCCAGUCUUGCUAUUCAUCAGAGAAUGCACACUGGAGAGAAGCCUUAUGAAUGUAAUGACUGUGGAAAGGCUUUUACACGGCGCAACAGUCUUGGUAAACAUGAGAAAAUUCACAUUGUACAGAAACCUCCUGUGGAAACUUUCAGACAAAUCUCAAAUGUUGCUUAACAACAGAGAGUGAACAUUAGAGAAAAACUUUUGAGUGUCUGGAUCGUGGUAAAGUUUUUGAUAUAUAUUAGUCCCUGACUAGACUUGGGAGAUCCCAUGCUAGAUGUAAAACCUCAUUCAUAUAAUCCACAUGGAAAAUCAUUCAGGCUCAGUUCAUCCCUGAAUUGCCUCCCGAAAAUUCCUAGAUGAUUGAAAUCAUGGAUAAUGGCAUAAAGAUGUAGAACAGAGCUUGUCAGUCAGCAGGGAUUUUCUGUUUGGGAAUACAUCUCCUAUGGACUUGGCAUGGGACGCUCUUCAGCCCAGGUUCAUCUCUGCAUUUUCAUCAGAGAAUACUGAGUGGAGAGAAUUAUAAAUGUGCUGAAUGAAGACUUGCCCUUACCUGGAAGACAAGGGUCACUAUAAAUCACAGUAUUCACACUGGAAAGAAACAUUAUUAAAAAUGUAUUUACAGAAAGGCUUUCACCUAGAUCUCAUCCUUUGUGUAGAAAUCUUGCUGCAGAUGAAAUAAGUGAAUAUAAUGAAUGAGGGAAAGCUUUUUCCUAUAGCACAGAUCUCAUUAGACAUUAAAAUUUUAUACUGUGUAUAAAGUCUGAAAAUAGAUUGAGUUUUUCUCUGAAAACCCAAGAUUGGUGUCCAAAGAAGGGUCUUUAUAAUGGGGGAAACUAAUUGUUUUACUUUCUUUUCUCAAUCAACAAUAAGAGAUUUUUAAAUCUAAUUUUAAAUUGGUUUUAUUAAUUUUCCUCUUCAUUUUCUUGUUUAUUUCUAAAUUCUUUGGCUUUCCAUCUGUUUGAUAAGUAAUAUGUUCCAAGUUCUAAUUUUCCUUUUAAAAUAUCUGUAAAUGUGGCUUAGGUCUCCAUUUUGACCUUGUUAAAUUGUGUUGAGUGGGCUUGAGGGCAAGUGAGGCCUUUUCAGAACACUUACCCCAGAAGAGUGCCAUAGUUUACAGCUACACUUUCAGAAACUCUCCUCCUUGUACCCUUGCUUAGUCUUGCAUGAACCACUUUGCUACAUCAGCAAGCUUUGUAAUGUAUAGUUACUGUUCUUAAGUGGAAUGGGUUCCUAUGACACAUUGUGAGCCCUGAUACAAAGUCAGGGAUAACUGGAGUCCACUGUGUGAUAAAGUUACUCAGUUCAGAGUAUUAAAAUUCCUGCUCUGUCACCUGCACUUUGCCUCCCUUUGCUAGACUGCACUAUUUGAGGUGAUGCCCUAUUCCUACAGAAAUGGAAUCAACUGCUUUCUGCUCUGACUCUGAGAAAUGUCUGUUUGAAUUAUUUGGGUUGGUGGUCAUUGUCCCACAUGGUGUGAGAUAUCAUAUAAAUUAUUAUCUCGAAUUUGAUCAAUGUAAAAAUAAAGAUGUGGGAGAAGAAUUUAUUAUUUGGUUUAAAAAAUUUUAUAUUCAUUGUAAAGAAAAAUAUACCAGUAAAACAGAUAA